GCAGCUGCUCAGCCCCGCCGGCUAUAAAUACUUCCCCUCCUCCGCCCGGAUCGGCUGUCGGUGCUGCUGACGUCCCAAGGAGCCUCGGCAUGGCGGGCCCGCAGCCCCUCGCCCUCCUCCUGGGCCUCGCGAUGGUGACAUUGUGCCAUGGUGGCUGCGUGGAAGUAGAGUCAGAAACCGAGGCCGUGGCUGGUGAAACUUUCAGGAUUCGGUGCAUCUCAUGUAAGAAGCGCAGUGAGACAGAAGCCGAGGCCUUCACCGACUGGUACUUCAAGCAACAGGGGAUGGAAGAGUUUGACCAUAUCCUCCACUACGAUGUUGAGACUAAACUCAGAAUAUUGGACCCUCGCUUUGAAGACCUGGUUGCCUGGGAAGGCACUAAACACACUGCAGAUUUGCAGGAGCUUUCCAUUUUGCUGCUUAAUGUGACCUUUGACCAGGAGGGAGAUUAUAUCUGCAGUGUCAACCGCACACUCCUUUUUGCAAAUGACCAUACACACAAUGUCAUGGUCAACAAGACCGUCCACAUUGACGUGGUAGAGAAAGCAAACCGGGACAUGGCAUCCAUUGUGUCUGAGAUCAUGAUGUACGUUCUUAUUGUCGUCCUGACUAUUUGGCUGGUGGCGGAGAUGGUAUACUGCUACAAGAAGAUUGCUGCGGCAACAGAGGCAGCAGCACAAGAGAAUGCCUCCGAGUACUUGGCCAUCACAUCAGAAAGUAAAGAAAACUGCACAGGGGUGCAAGUAGCUGAAUAGUCCAUGCAGGGCUGUCGGCAGGCACAGAGAUUCCUGGUUGACAGGGAUGAGGCUUUGAGAAGGAGCGGAGGAGAGGGAGCGUGUGACUCAGCAGAGGCCUCGGCAGCCCCUGAGAAGAGCUGAACUGGAGCCAAACAGUCCCUCCCCCCACUGCACGGCCUUUCUUUUCCUUAUCAAAGCAUGCUAUUUUUAAUAACAGAGCUCUAUAUUCGACCCAGCCACCCAGAGACAGACACCUGUCUUCCGAAAGGAGAAGGUGGUUUGUCCUGGCAGGCCCCUUGCUCUCCUUUGCACCUUUCUCCGGGGAGCAAGAGUCGCUCCUGCCACAAUGCAUGAUGGGGAAGUGUGGCAUGGUGGCUUUCUGAUGCGCUGCAAAAGCUUGGGGGUCUUUCCCCCACCCCACCCUUGGGGUCCCCACAUGCCAGCCUGAGACCUCUUUAAUUUACAGGCACCUGCACUUGCGCUUUCUGAUUUUUUGUACGUUUCUUGCGCUUCGAGUUGUUUUUUGGUUACUUCGCUACCAGCACUUUCUAUGGGUCUGAGGAGAGGAGGCCCCGAUCUGUCCCUUCUUUCUCCCCUACAUGCCAUGUCCUUCCAGUGGUAGACUGAAGCAGAGAUGGUUGUCACCUAGUUGUUCCUAAGGCCUGAGCACCAGAAGGAGACAUUGAGAUGCAGAUUCUGUGUCGCCAUGUAGGAACGCCUUUGAUGGAAGAAAUAUUUAGCACUGACAUAGAUAUGAACUGUGAUCUUCCUGAGAAACUGUCCCAGGAAGUUUUUCCUCAAGGCUGUCAACCCAAUGGAAGAUUUGCUCAAUGCCACUGGUGAAAGGAAGACACUGCAAAAUAUAUGCAUCUGAUUGGAAGGGAGCCGGCGCUUGGAUCCAGAUGUUGCUCCUUUCACUCCGUGCCCCUGACGUUCAUGAUUCUUCUGCCCUCGAUAGCAUCGUGUCAGAAUUUGCUUCUGAUUUUGGCCCUGGGUUUCGGUUCAGCCUCAUUUCAAGCUUGUCCCUUCCUCUCAGAUUUCCUUUCUGGAUCCAGCACCACCUCAUCAGGCCAUUUGGGCUCUUUGGAGAAUACUGUGCCAUCCCCUCUCCUCAGACCUCCGGGGCUGGUCUCCUAGGGACCAGCUGCCAACACAAUAGACUAGGGUUUGUUCAUAAAUAAAGAUGAUUGAAUUUCA